UUUAAACAUAAACAAAAUAAUCGGUGAAUGAGUCUGAAUCGUUGUGGAUCUCUGAAAUACAUAAAAUUUGAGUUAUGUUAUUUCUCAAUGCAAUAAUCGCCAUAUUUUUAGUAACACUUUCAACUAAAAUUAAAUAUAUAAAAUUGCUUUAAGAUCAGUUUAUCGACCCAUAUUUCUUGAUUACCUGGAUCUCUAAGUCUGUGCUGCAAACUAACAAAAAGAAUGAAGUUGGUAGCUGUAUUGUUGGAAUAUUAGAAAUGGCACCUGACAAGCAUCCUUCUAAUAAAAGACUUAAAGGAACAGACGAAAUAAAUGAUUCUGAGUCCUUCAUACCUAGAGAUUAUCAGAUUGAGAUCUUAGAAGCUGCUAAACAGAGGAAUACAAUUGCUUGUUUAGGCACUGGUACAGGAAAGACUUUCAUAGCUGUAAUGCUAAUUAGAGAAAAUGCUAAUGAAGUACGUAAACCUUUUGAUGAAGGUGGGAAAAGAAUUUUUUUUCUUGUUCCAACUGUGCCUCUUGUUACUCAACAAGCAAAAACCAUCAGGAAUCACACUGAUCUUGUUGUUGGUGGCUAUUAUGGUGAAAUGGGUGUAGAUUCUUGGGACAAAGACCAAUGGAUCACUGAAUUUCAAAAGAAUGAAGUUUUUGUUAUGACUGGAGAAAUAUUUAGAAUCAUUGUUGACCAUGCUUUUAUUGCUCUAAAGCAAAUAAAAUUGCUGAUCUUAGAUGAGUGUCAUCGUUGCCAAGGUGAUCAUCCAUACCGUCAAGCUCUUAAAUGUUUUAUAAAUCUUCCUCCAGAUGAUAUGCCAAGAAUUUUUGGGUUGACUGCGUCUCUGCUUAAUGGGAAAUGCAAGCCCACUAAAUUGGAAAAAAAUUUAAGAGACCUUGAGAAGAACUUAAGAAGCACAAUUGUUACAGCAAGUGAUUUAACAGACAUUCAGAAAUAUGGAACAGAUCCUACAGAAUAUAUUGUUUUAUAUAACAGAUAUGAACCUGGAAAUGGUGAACUUUUAUCUAGAAUAGUAAAGAAGAUCAAUGAGGCAAAAGCAGAGAAGGCAAUCAUGGAAAAAACUAGUCUCAUUCACGAAGAUAUAACAUUCUUUGACAAGCCUUUAAAGUGUUUGAAUUCACUUUUUUUAACUCUGAAAAAUUUAGGCCCAUGGUGUGCAUACAAAGCUGCAGAAAUAUAUGCUCGAGAAGUUGAAUUUUUGUUGACUAGGCAAUUUCCUGAUUAUUUUCUGAAAAUGCUAGUUGAUAUUCAAAAUUUUCUGAAGGAAGUUAAAGAGAGUUGCAAAACUUUAGAUAUGGAUUCCAAUGGCACAAACCUUGAUACUAUGCCUCACAAGCUAAAGAGGCUGAUUAACAUUUUUUUAGCAGCCAAGAAAAAUGUAGUGGAAGUUCGUGAAAACCUUCCGGAAAUCCAAGAUGUUCUUUUUGAACAAGAUCCUUUUAAAUAUUUUGUAAUCAACAAACAAAGGAAAGAUCAGAAUGAAGCUGUUAAUCUUUGUUCAAUCAUAUUUGUUGAACAGAGAGUCACUGCUUAUGCCCUUUAUCAGUGGCUAUUGGAAAUAAAGAAAAAAUACGCUGAAUUAAGUUUCUUGAAACCUGAAUUUGUUGUUGGCCAUGGAGCCAUGGGUAUUGCUGAGACUUCUAUGUCUGAGAAACUUCAGCAAAAAAAAUUGAAGGAUUUUAGAGAGAAACAGCUAAAUGUAUUAGUUGCCACUCAAGUUUUGGAGGAAGGAAUGGAUAUUAGGCAAUGUAAUCUUGUUGUUCGUUUUGACUUGCCUGCUGAUUUCCGUUCCUAUGUCCAAUCCAAAGGUAGAGCCCGUGCAAAAAAUUCCAAUUAUGUUUUACUUAUUGAAGAAAGAGACAUGUUUGAAAAGUUUAUGGACGACUUGGUCAGUUUUAAAACCAUUGAAACAAUGCUUCAGUCAAAAUGUCAUGAUCGAACUGCACCUACUGAAGAAGAAAUUUCUGCUCAUAUGGCUGAUUCAGUCAUGCCACCUUAUAUGCCAAGAGGACCUGAUGGACCUAGGAUAACUAUGAGCUCUGCUAUUUCAGUAAUUAAUCGGUACUGUUCUAGUUUACCUUCAGAUAUGGCAACUAAAUUGGCGCCUCAAUGGUCCAUCAGUGUUGUUGAUCCUGAUAAUAUACAAAAAGAAUAUGAAUGCACUUUGCGCAUGCCUAUUAAUUCUCCACUUCGGCAAAUAAUUGUGAGUGCUCCUAUGAGAAGAAAGAAACUUGCUAAAAUGUAUGCAGCUUUGAAAGCAUGUCAGUUGCUAGAUGAAAUAGGUGAAUUAAAUGAAAAUUUGGUUCCUAUUAGUUGUUUGGUAGAUAAAGCACUUGAAGAAGAAUUGGGUGAAACAGAAGAGGAAGAAGUUGAAGGAGCAAUUGCUGGAACAAAUAGGAGGAGACAAGUAUAUGAUAAACGUGUGCCAAUUUUUCUGAAAGGGGUUAAACCUGAACCCGGUAGAGUUUGUUAUUUGAACAUCAUAAAUAUGACACUUAUAGAACCUCUGGCCCAAACUCUGAAUCCUCGAAAAAGACCCCUGUUUUAUCCUGAAAAAUCCCCAAGGACUCUUGCUCUCAUCUGCACUGUGAAAAUACCUUCUGUGAAUCCUUUUCCUAUCUUCAACAAAUCUGGAAAAAUUCUUGUCACUGUUACUGCUUGUGAUACUCCUUUCAAUUUGUCAGAUCAGAAUAUUCAGGAUAUUGAAGACUUCCAUAGGUUUAUCUUUUCUGACACUCUUUGGUUAGAAGGGUUUAAAGAAUUUUUGCCUUUUGCUGCUCCCAACUCCUUUUAUAUUUGUCCGGUAAUUGGAGGAAGAAUUGAUUGGGAUUUUAUAUUUGCAACAAAAGAACAUCCUUAUCAAAGGCAAAAGUUGAUGACAAAAGAUACAUUUGAAAGGAUACCCUUUGACUCAGAGAAAUUUUCAGAUGUUAUAUUAAUGCGUUCCUACUUAAAAGAUACUUGGAAAUUUGAAGUCCCUACUUUUCAUCAUGUUGUAAGGAUUUGCUAUGAAUUGACACCAAAAAAUUAUAUGGAAAUUGAGUCAAAAUCGAGAACAUUUGAAGAGCACUAUUUUACAAGAUACAAUAUUCUGCUACAUGAUCCACAACAACCUUUGUUAGAGACAGUACGAAUGGAGGGCAUUCAUAUGUGGAAACCUUUCUAUGUUUCACCUAGAGAAACUUUUGAUGAUAAUGCUGUCUUGAGCAAAACUAAACAAAGGCAUCGAAAUUAUAAAGAAUAUUUAAUUCCAGAAUUAUGCAUCAUUCAUCCUUUUCCUCCCAGUUUCUUUUUCAAAGUGAUGUGUCUUCCAACCGUGUUGUUUCGACUCAAUAGUCUUCUUCUUGCUGAAGAAAUCCGUCGAGCCAUUGCCCGAGAAGCUCGUAUUGGAACAGCAAAAUUGACAGAUACAGCAUGGCAGCCAUUCCAUUUGGAAACAAGUAACAAAUUAUUAAAUGAUUAUCUUUUCCAGAUAGGCCAGCUAAAAGAAAUUCCCAAAAAGGAAUUUUUUUCUUAUGAUAUUGUGAAAGACAUCAACAGCAAUGAAAUAACUAGUUUUGAGGUAAAAAUUGAUUUAAACACCCAUACUGGACCAACUCCCAGUCUAUUACUUCAAGCUUUGACUGCAAAAAGUACUGGAGAUGAAUUUAAUUUAGAGCGUUUAGAAAUUAUUGGCGACUCCUUCUUAAAAUAUUCUAUGUCCAUCAAAAUUUACAUAAAAUACAUAAACUUUGACGAAGGUAAGCUUACAAGGCUCCGAAGUCUGCUGAUUAAAAAUCUUAAUUUGUAUAAGAAGGCUAAAAAGAAAAAGUUAGGUGAAUACUUGAUUACUACUUGUUUUGAUUGCAAUAAGACUUGGCUUCCACCUUGCUAUUUGGUAGAAGAUCAUAUUGAUGAAAAAAAUAUAAUUAAAAAACCUAAAAAGAAGAAGAAUGAAGCAGGUAUGGAGGAAGAUGAGAAGGCAGAAAAUCCACGCCAUCUGUAUUUUACUAAGCAAGUCAUUUCAGACAAGUGUAUGGCUGAUUCUGUAGAAGCCUUGAUUGGCUGUUACUUACUGUCUUCAGGGCAUUUAGGAGCUUUGAAGUUUAUGGCCUGGAUUGGUGUUAAUCCUUUCUUGGAUGAUGAUACUAAUUUAGAAAAUUGGCCUCCUCCUCCUCCAGAUCCCAUUGUGUGUGAGCCUGGACCCUUAAUUCAUCACCGUCUGGAAUAUCUAACAAAUGGAUUUGAGAGAUUCGAAAAAACAAUUGGUUAUACCUUCAGAAAUAAGGCUUACCUCUUACAAGCAUUUACACAUCCAUCAUAUUCUGAUAAUGAUAUCACAGACUGCUAUCAAAGGUUGGAAUUUUUAGGAGAUUCAAUUUUAGAUUAUUUGAUUACACGACAACUAUUUGAAGAUCCUGCUGGCCAUUCUCCUGGAAAGCUGACAGAUCUCAGGUCUGCACUGGUCAAUAACAUAUACUUUGCUUCCUUAGCUGUUUCAUACAAGUAUCAUGAUUUCUUAAAGAUGAUGUCACCCACUUUGUUUCGUCAAAUCAACCAUUUUAUAGAAAUAUUGAUGGAAAGUGAUGCUUUCAAGUUUUUUGAAAUUCAUCAUUACUACCUCGAAGAAAUUGAAUGUUUUGAAAUCGAAGAAGUUGAUGUUCCUAAAGCACUAGGUGAUAUAUUUGAGUCAGUUGCUGGUGCCAUUUACUUAGACAGUGGAAUGUCUCUGGAUACUGUAUGGAAAGUGUGCUAUCCUAUGAUUCGUCCAGCAAUGAAACAUUUAUGCAAGCAUAUCCCAUUGCAACCUGUCAGAGAGUUGUAUGAAAGAACAAAAUGCCAGGAAGUAUUUGGAGAACCAGUAGUAAAGAAUAACGCAACUUACAUUGAAGUCACUUUACCAGAUGGAAGGAAAUAUCAAGGUGUUGGUCCUAAUAAAAAGGUUGCAAAGCGAUCUGCAGCAAAAAGAGCACUUGCCGACUUAAAAAGUAGUUCAAGAAUGGAUAUUUCUGAAUGAAAAUUACAGCUUGUCUUGUUAAUGUUUAAAAAUUUUAUUAACGAAAAUAUUUUUAUGGAUUAAAAAGUUGUUUCUCUUUGUUGUACUAUAUUUAAAUUUGCGAUAUUUUAUUAUUAUUAUUACAUUAAUUCAUUCUUUCUCUUAUCAAAUGUGGUUGUGGUUUUUAUUUAAAACAUUUUUUUUUCAUGUGUUAGAAUCAUUUGCAAUUUUAAUACUUUACAUCACAAAAAUGUAAGAAUUGGCAUUUAUUUCCUUAGUAUGCAUUAAACUUUUUUUUAAAUUAUCAAGACAUUAGCUUUACUUAAUAGCAUAUCCAUUUUUUUAUGUGAAUCAUGUUUAUGAGCUUUCGCAUUAAGAUCAAUCUAGUGUUCCAGUUCAUUUAAAUAGAUUGCUCUAUAUCUUACAAUAUGGUUUGCAUGGUUAUUCAUUAAAUCUUACCAUCUUUUACUUCAUUGUUUCCUGUUUUUGUAAUUUUACCUCAAGAUGGUAUAAUUUUAUAUGUACAUUGUAUCUCUACUUCUUAUGUGAGUUGUAAAUAAGAGGUCAUUUUUUUUUUAAAUAUUUUUAAUGUAAAAUUUACUAUAAUGUGAAUUUAAAUAAGAUAAUUUUUUUUUUGCAUCGAAAUUUCUCUCCCCCCCCUUCCCCACAGUUUUUAUUGAGAACAAAUUAGGCAAAGUUUUCUAUUUUAUAUGCAUGUGUGUAAGAGAGAAGUAUUAAAGAUGAGUUUUUUAAGAUCAAAACAUCAUUUGCACUUUAAGUGAAUUUUGCUUUUAACCUUGAUACAACUAGUAUCAUUAAAUAAAAUUCAAAUGCCAUGAAGAGCUUGAUGAUGACAAAAGGUUUUUAACUUUUGUGGAGUUGAGAUAUUCAAGAGUGAAAUAAAAUUUCACAAAUAAUUUCUUUAAAGAAAUGAUGUGAAUCAUGCCAGUGAGAAGAAUGAGGUCUUAUAAUUGUGCAUUAUAAUUUAAAUUUUUUUGUGCUAUAAAAUUUAAUUAUAACAAAGGUAUUUCCAUCAUCAUGAGAAAGUUAAAUAAAAGCAUUGAGUUUGCCUAUUUGAAAUUUGUUUUUAUUUUUUCGUUAACUAAAACCUGAAUCAAGUUCAAUCACUUUGCAACCUUCAUCUUGGAGCAUGAGACUCUUAAUCUCUGUAUUUUAAAUUUAGUUAAAUAUAGGAUACAAUUCUAGAGAUUAUUGGAAAUAUUUAAGUAAUUGUUUGAAUAUAGCAUGAAUUAAAUUAAAAUUAUUAUUGAAGGUAAAUUAAUAAAUGUUUGAAUAAUUUAUUCCAAAUUACCUUUAUUACCUCUUUGUUUCUUUGUGCAGAAACUGUUGCAUUUUUCAUUCAGCACCCUAUAUCUAAUAAGAAAAUAAAUAAGAGAGAAGAAAGUAUUCCUUGAUGACAUCUGUGACCAGACUUUUUUCAACAUCUAAUGUAUGUGUAAAUGAUGGAAGGGGAUAAAGAAAUAUACUAUUAAUAAAUAAGAAAAUAUAAUAAAUGUAUGUUUAUUUGUAAUAUGUAAUGAACCUAAAAUAUAAUUAAAUUAUUUUUGCUCUCAUAUGUUAAUGUGCAGACCAAAAUGAAAUUUCAUGAAUCCGCAUGGAGAUGGAGCCCAUUACUUAAGAAGUUCUAUUUUGGCGUCAAAGUGGUAAAGUGUGUUGCCUAACCCUCUUCAUAGCAGAUUAUAUAAAAUUUUGAAAUAUAAUGACAAAAAAAAUUAAUGGGAUCAGUUAAUACUCUAAGCAUUGAUUUUAUACAAAAAAAAAAUUUUAGACUAAUUUCUUUCCUUUAGGAUUUGUAACCUCAUUUGGGGACAAUGCAUGUCCUGCAACAGAUUCUUUAGAUAGUAAUAAUUAAGUAUUUUAAUUUACUCCAAGAAAAAAAAAUAUUUAAAAUGUACACUUUUAUAAAUCUUUGACAAGAAAUUAUUCUAUGUGAAAUCUUUUAAUUGUAAUUUAAAAAAUAAACAAAUAUUUAUAAGAAUAUUUAAAAUAUAAUACAAAAUAUUCUAUUUAAAUUAUUAGAAUAUAAAAAAAAUGUCCCUUUAUAUCAAAUGAAAUUGCUUAACCGAGAUAGCAGUAUCUAUUUAUUUCACGUAUAAAUGAAUAUAUAUUUUGUUGCAUAUUUUACUUAUUAAGCAUGUUUUCUAUGCAUGGUCUUUUCAUAUGUAAAAGUUAGAUAUAUUGCUAAACCGGUGGUAUCUAUUUUUAUAUGUUCAGAAAUGAAUUUGAAUCUUAUACAAAAUUAUGAAUGCCUGAAGGAUAAUGGAAAAAUAUGAUGAAUUGGGUUAAAAAAUUGCAAUUCUUUUAGAAAAAAAAUCCUGUAUUAAAGUUAUUAAAUUAGAAUAUUUCCAACAUAAAAAAUUCCUAUAAACAUAACUAUAUUCCUUUGGUUAUUAUCUUUUGUUCUGAAGGGAAACAAGAUGCUUCUUUUCCAGUAAGAUAAAGUUUCAAAGUGUAAAAGACGUUUUAUUUAUUUAUUUUGAAGAAAAUCCUUAUUUGUAACCACCUUGUCAGAAAAGAUAAAUUUUUUUAGAACAACUUUUUUUUUUAUUUCAAAUUUUUCUUGAAUAUCUUUUAAAUGUUUCUUUAUGUACUUGUUAGAAAGUGUUAUAUGGAAAUCCAAGAAUUGCCUCUCAAAAGCACUGAUUUAUGUAAGCUUCAUUUUAAUUCAUAUUACUGCAGCUAGUAUUCUAAACCAUUGGUUAUUUAAAAUCAGUAUAAAUUAAUUGCAUUAAAUUAAUUCUUAAAUUAAAAAGUUUGUUUUAAAAUUUUCUUUGCUCUCUAUAUAUUUUGUUCGUUUUUUUUUAAUUUAGUGCACCAUAAAUUUAUUAUUAAGAUUUGUUUAUUAAGAAUUUGAAGCAAAUAUUGAUGCUGCAUUUAAUACUGUGUAUAAUUCUUGCAAAAAUGUUUUUUUUAAAUAUUUUUUUAUUACUUAAUGAAAUAUUCCACUAUACUUCAUUUAAUUGUUUAAAUAUUAUAUAUAAGAUAUUGAAAAAUAUAUUUGAAGUUAAUGGCUACAAUAAAAUGUUUAUUGGAAAUGGGAGACAGCUCUUCCUAAAGACCUUCCAUGUUAUAAAUUCUUAUAAUUUUGAGAUGAUGCAUAUCUGCAGGGUGGCCAGUCGAUUGGUAAACUAAUAAUCUUCAGAGAAUUCCGGGAGCUUGACAAAAGUGAUGGAAAUUUUUUAUAAAACUGGUAAUUUUUUUAUAAAUUGGUAAUUGUUAUCGAAUAUAAUUCACUUAUAUUUUUUCAUAAGUACAAUGAAAAAUCAUUGGCAACUAAUGAAAAUCAAACUUUCACUGGUAGUCUAAAAUAUACUAUGGAAGGGAAAGAUUAGUCAUCACAUUUAAUAUAUUUUAUAUAUGUAUAAAUAUAUAGUAUUUUUGUUGAAAGUUUUUUGUUAUUAAUGCUAUUGUAUUAUGUAAUGUUAUUGCUAUUAUUUCUGUAAAACAUUUUUUUUAAAAACAUUAUGAACACUGAUUAAUAAAUUCUUCAUAUGAAUUAAUGCUAUGGACAGCAUGAAACGCAUGUUAUUGCUAAUAUUUUCUUUCAACAUUUUUUUUUUAAUUUUGUGUUUGUUUAAAAUUUCCCAUACAUUCAAUAAAAUGCCCCAUAAUUUUAAAAUAAUAUGAAACACGAGAAAUUAAUUUGUUUCAUACAUUAUAAGUACACAUCCCUCUUGUAAUUUUUUAAGAAAAGAGAAAGUUAGUAUUUUUCUUAUGCAGCUUGAUGUAUAUGAAACUGCUUGCCACAAAAAUUUACAAAAUUCAUUCAUACUAUCAUUUUAGAAGUUUAUACCUCCAAAACAUUUUUCUUUUUAUACAAUAAAGGAGAAAAAAAAUGAUGAGCCAAUUUUUCACUUUUUUCUCUAUUUUAUGAUUUCAGUAUUCAGCCAGCAUGCAAGUGAUAUUUUUAUUGUAGUUGGUAAGAUAAAAGUCAAUUCAAUUUUGAUAUAAUUAAAGAAUUUUUCUUAUUUUGAUGCAGAGAUUUCGUUUUCUGUUUGCAAAUGAAUUUUUUUUCUGUUAAUAAAAUUAUUGCUCAGUUCUGAUUUUCAUGCUGGUUAAUAGUAUGGAUAAGAGAGACCCCACUAAUCAUUUCAUUCUUAAGCACUCCAAUGUACAUAUAUUUUUUGUACUGCAUUUUUCAUGAGUAAAUUUGACAAACAGUUUUGAGCUGUGACUGGCUGGUUAAAAUUAGUCUAGAUAGGCAUGUAUCUUCUAGUGUUAGUUAAUAUAUUUGCAAGAAAAAAAAAGGGGGAAAGAGUUUUAUAUAAUUGAAGCUUAUCUGAAAUUCAAUAAGUGUAAAUGAUGUGUUUGUUUUAUGUGUUCAUGUUUUCCUGAAAAUUAAAUUGUAUUUUACAUUAAUUUUAUUUAAAAGAUUAGAACAAUAUUUCAAAUAAAUGACAUAUUGGGUGAUAAUUAUAGAGAAUAAAAUAAAGAGAUAUCAUUCUAAAUAUAUUAGAAACAUCCCAAAAAAAAUGUUAGGGAAAAUUUCUUAAAAAACCUGGAAAGGUCAGGGAAAUUAAAACGGUAGAAAUGCUAGUCACCCUGUAUUUAUUUAUUCAGAGGUCAGAUUGAUUUAAAGACUGUGAGAUUGAUAAGAUAUUUACUGUGAUUUCUACAUUUUUGCUUGUUUGCCAAAUAAAACUGCAUAAAUUUUGUAAACAACUUUUGUUUGAAUAUAUCUAAUAUAUUUGUAUGUUGAAUAAAGAGUAUUUAAAGAAA